AUGGCUGACUCUAGAAACAAAAAAUCCAGACCAGAACCAACCAUCGUGAAAAGACGAAACUCGUCGUUUUCGUCGACGUCGUCGCCGUGGUUUAGAAGGAACUCUUUCCUCUCACCCUCCAUGAUCAAAAACGAAAACUUUUCUGUCUACGAGGCUCCCUCGUACUAUUCCGAUGCGGCAUCCUAUUCCAUCAUUUCGCUUAAGGAAUGCCAGGGUUUUGUCUUUAACCAAGAUUUGUUUGCAACGCCGUACCAACAGCUGUGUUCAUUGGCCAAUGAAAAGAAGAUCCGUGCCUUGAGCUUCAGCUCCAGAACUCAGUCUCACGGUCAAAGGUCUAGAUCCAAGUCCAAGUCUGUGACCCCUACAAACUCUGAAGAUUGCCCUCCUAACAAUGCUCCCUACUUUCUGUACGAACCCGUACUGAAGCAUAACCAACAGCGUAGACAUACUUCCUACCAUACCCCUCGUCCAACUUUCUUGAGCGGAGAGUUCCACAAUGACGAGGAUGAAGAUGCCGUAAUGGACGAUAGCAUCGAGGAAAAUGAACCAUUACCUCUUUACGAUGACGAAAACGCUAUAGCAGAUGAAUACGACGAAUACGACGAAGAAGAGGAAGAAGAAGAAGAAGAAGAAGAGUAUGGUAAUUCUGGUACUUUGACCGGCUACGGUGGUGAUGCUGACAGAACAUACAAGGUCCAUGUGACAGAAAUACGGAUCAGCGAAAGAGAUAAUGACAUUUUUCCAAAAUAA